AUGUCGACAGUAACGAUCGAGAGCCUCUACCAACUGUUCGCGGGCGUUGGCGCGAGCUCCAUUCCCUCCGUUCACGAAACUCUCCCUGUCUAUCCGUUAAGUCGACCGCUUGACAUCUACCGCGUUUACCUCGCCGACGUCUUAGCGAAGCUUGCCGGCUGCGACGUCACCCUAGCCUACGACGCCAUCCAACUCCCCAACACCCUACCCCAUGGCGAUUUGACGCUGCCCGUACCUCGCCUGCGCUUGAAGGGGAAGAAGCCGGAUGACCAAUGCAUCGAGCUUGCGUCCAGUUUCCCCGAUGACCAUCCGCUCUUUCAGAAGCCGACUGCUCGGGGGAUCUAUCUGCCAAUCUUCUUCAACCCACUGCCUCUCCCACAACUACUUCUCCCAUACAUCUUCCAGCGGCAGGGAUCGUACGGCAGAAACCUAGACGUGGGCCUAUGUGACCCGGCCUCUCCCAACCUCGGCCGAAAAAAGGUCAUUGUCGAAUUCUCGUCGCCCAAUAUUGCCAAGGAGUUCCAUGCGGGACACCUUCGCAGCACCAUCAUCGGCGCGUUCAUCUCGAACCUGUACGAGAGUAUGGGCUGGGACGUCGUAAAGAUCAACUAUCUUGGCGAUUGGGGUAAACAAUUUGGGCUUCUGGCCGUUGGUUGGCAGCGUUUUGGUUCUGAAGAGGAGCUGGCCAGGGAGCCGCUUAAACAUUUGCUGGAUGUUUAUGCACGAAUCAAUGCUCUCUUCAAACCUGAACAGGACGCAAGCAGGGAAGCCCGUGAUAAAGGCCUCGACACCACCGAGAUCGAGUCGAAAGGACUCUAUGCUGAGCGCAACGCCUUUUUCCGCCGCAUGGAAGACGGCGAUGCCGAAGCGAUGGCCCUAUGGAAACGGUUUAGAGAUAUAAGCAUCGAAAGGUACGUGUCGACGUACGCGCACCGUAAUAUCGGCUUUGACGAGUAUUCCGGCGAGUCUCAAGUACAAGCCACCACCGUUGAGACAGUCGAGAAGUUACUCCAGGAGAAGGGCGUCUACGAAGAAGACAAUGGGUCUUGGAUCAUCAACUUCGACAAGAAUGGCGCUAAGGGCCUCGGCGUUGCCGUCGUUCGUGGACGUACUGGUACCACCACGUACCUGUUGCGGGACGUCGCCGCCGUGCUGGAACGGGAGAAGAAGUACGCCUUUGACAAGAUGAUAUACGCCGUCUCGACGGAGCAAGACUUCUACUUCCGCCGUGUCUUCAAGACGCUUGCACUUCUCGGACGCCCCGACCUCGAGGCCCGCGUGCAACAUGUCAACUUUGGCAGGGUCAUGGGCAUGUCUUCACGGCUCGGCAACGUGAAGCUGCUGAGCGACAUUCUCGACCAGACGAGCGAGGCUAUGCAUGAGGUGAUGCGCCGAAACACCGUCAAGUACGCCCAGGUUGAGGACCCUGAUGCCGUAGCUGAAGCCGUGGGCAUCUCCGCCGUCAUGGUACAAGACAUGUCGGGCAAGCGUAUCAACAAUUAUCCCUUCGACAUCACAAGGGUGACGUCUUUCGAGGGUGAUACGGGCCCUUACCUCCAGUACUGCCACGCUCGGUUGAACUCCAUUUUGCGAAAGGCGGAGCUCGAUCGUGCCGAGCUUGCUAGUUACCUGGUUGAGAACCCUGAAGCCCUUGAUGUUGAUGUCACGGCUAAACAACAUUGCGUUGACCUGUUGCGUCUAAUGGCCCAGUAUCCAGACGUGACGGCCACAGCGCUCAAGAAUCUCGAACCUUCUGCCAUACUGACCUACUUGUUUCGACUAACUCACCAGCUCUCGUCAUGCUACGACGUUGUCAAGGUGGUCGGGGCCAACGAGGGCCGAGACGUAAUGCUCGCUCGGGCGGCGCUGUACGAGGGUGCUCGACAAGUGUUAGAGAAUGGGAUGAGGUUGUUAGGGCUUAGCCCGGUUGACAGAAUGUGA